AGGAGAAAGAUGAGAUAAAGCCACUCAGAUGGAGGCCAGCGCCACCAGCCUCAAGAGGCUCAAGUUUGGGAAGCUGAAGGUGGUACGUCGGCACUUGCUACAGAGAUAUGAGCACCAGCCCUUCAUCUCCUGCCUGGCUGGUUUCUACAGCUGCCGGUGGAAGCGGUACCAGCGCGGAAGGACUGAGCCUGGGAAAUGCUGCUGCAAGACGCGGGAAUGCAUGUUUUUCCCACUGCUUGUUGGAGCUUUCUGCUUUUCUCUGGUCUUUCUGUACAUGUGGGGUGAAGCAAAAAAUGACUACAAUAACUUUGACUGGUAUAACUAUGGGAACCUGGGCUUCUGGUUUCUCUGGUCUCUUGUUCUCCUGAUUGUGGCUGCAAUCUUGUUCGUAUACAUCACACUGUUAUUGGUCCUAGCGAUGUGUUUGCUUGCAGAGGGUCAGCAGCUGUACCUACACUGGAGUCACAAGAUAGGGACUUUUAUUGUCCUGGGCUUCUCUAUUACAGCCCUCUUCAUAUUAUCAGUACUCUGGGGAGAUCAAUGGAAAACUGUCCGCCUGUCAUUCCAGGUCACAGCUCCUUAUCUCCACAUAGGGGCAAUAACCAUCAUGGUCCUUCUGUCCUGGCCUGUGGCUCUUCAUGCCAUCAGAGCAGAUAAGAAAGUUGUUCAGGUGAUAAUUGUUGGUCCAUACCUGGCUAUCCUUCUCUUUCUUUUCUUGAUACCUCUGGGGAUGUACUCUCCUUGCAUCAGAGAGAUGGGGACACUUGGACCAAAGCCAGCCCUCAUUGGACACCGUGGAGCACCAAUGCUGGCACCAGAAAACACUGAGAUGUCAUUUCAGAAGACAAUUGAACAUGGUGGGGAUGGUCUUGAAACAGAUGUCACCAUUAGCUAUGAUGGGGUUCCUUUCCUCAUGCAUGACAGCACCUUGAGGAGGACAACUAACAUCAAAGAGGUCUACCCCAAUGACACUGGUCAAAAUGCUGCGUUAUUCUCCUGGGAUACCCUGCAGGAGUUGAAUGCUGGAACAUGGUUCCUUAAGGACAAACCAUUUUCAUGCAUGGGCUCACUGUCAAGGGCAGAUCAAAACCAGGCAAUGAAUCAGUCAAUUUACAAGCUAAGUAAUUUCUUGCGCCUCGCAGACAGUCAGAAUAAACUUGUGAUAUUUGAUCUCUACCGCCCUCCAGAGAAACAUCCUUACAGGAACUCGUGGAUCAACAGAACCCUGGAAGUCAUCCUCAAUGAGUCAGGGAUUAGACCCCAUCUGGUCCUAUGGCUGGAGAAUGACAUGAGGUCCUUUGUUCAGUCUGUUGCUCCUGGGUUUCAGCAGACAUUGGGCAGUAAGGCCCCAGUUGAAGACCUGUCGAUGGGCAAUAUUGUCAAACUCAAUCUGGCCUACACUGAAAUGUCCAGUGAAGAUAUCCGGAAAUAUGCUGAGGCAAACAUCACCACCAACCUCUACGUGGUCAAUGAGCCGUGGCUUUUCUCCCUGGCAUGGUGUUCUGGGGCACACUCUGUGACCACCAAUGCCGUCCACACGCUGAAGAAUCUCAGCCAGCCACUCUUUCUCAUGACUCCACAGCAGUACAACAUGAUGUGGAUCCUGACAGAUCUGACCUCUGUGCUCCUCAUCUCACUCAUCUUUGCUCUGCACUGGUGGCGAGAGCGGAGUUUUUCCUGCUGUGCCCAUGAUGGUGGCCCAAUGCUGGAGAGUGGCACCUACAACAAGUUCAGGACAGAGCUCAGCGACAUGCCUGUUGUCACGGCCUGA